AUGCUGCAUCAACAGCCGUCGGCCGUCAUUGCUACCAUGCGACCGGGAAACUCACGACCGGGCGGAUUUUAUCCCGGCCAAAGCCUCAUGGGACCCUUCACGCCGCAGACGCCGCGACAGCCCUUCUCUGGAACUGCCAGGCCCCUAUCCACUGUCCUAUCUCCUCUCACCUUUUCACACAGUUCAAAGCGACUUCCCUGUGGGUUGAUGGACUUCUUCGCUCUUCGUGGCAUGCCUAAUCAACUCGGUGGAAGCUGCGAUGCGGCCAAACCAUCAGCCACUCAGUUGUUCUUCCCAACGCCAGUCAAUCCAUUGGACCCUUCUGCUGCCCCAACCCUUCCCCAGCAAAUGUCUGCAGCAGGGUACACAUUUCCAACCGCUCCUGGCUUAAACGCAACUUCCAACGCUGCUGCCAAGCCAGGUAGCAGUGAGAGUCAAGCCGUGACGUCUGAUGGGUCUUCCUCCACCGCCACUAUCACCUCAGCCACUGCCGCGACUGCGGCCUCAACGUCAACGUCCGGUGCGUCCGAAGCGGAUGUUGGGGCUCAGCAUAAUGCUGCCGCGUCGCUACUUGAGUCAAUGCGAAUUAAUGGACUGCUUCACGGAGCCUCCGCGAAUCCUGAAGGCUGCUUCACUCCCGCUGCGGAAGGACCUUCUGGCGAUGCAGUGAAGAUGAAUUUGGCGUAG